GUGCCGUGGACAGCAACCCCUUGUCUCUGUACGUUAUGCAUCCCUUCUGGAACACGAUAGUGAAGAUCUUCCCUACCUGGCUGGCCCCAAAUUUGAUAACGUUUUCUGGCUUCCUGCUGCUUGUCUUCAACUUCUUCCUCAUGGCAUACUUCGACCCUGACUUUUAUGCUUCUGCCCCUGAUCACCAGCAUGUUCCGAAUGCAGUGUGGGUCGUCGUGGGUCUCCUCAACUUCAUUGCCUAUACGUUAGAUGGUGUUGAUGGGAAACAGGCUCGCCGGACCAACUCCAGCACACCCCUGGGAGAGCUCUUUGAUCAUGGGUUGGAUAGCUGGGCAUGCGUUUACUUUGUCGUGACAGUCUACUCCACCUUUGGACGGGGCUCCACGGGUGUCAGUGUCUUCGUUCUCUACCUCCUCUUAUGGGUGGUCUUGUUUUCGUUCAUCCUCUCCCACUGGGAGAAGUAUAACACAGGGAUUCUCUUCCUGCCCUGGGGAUAUGACAUCAGCCAGGUGACCAUUUCAAUUGUCUACAUAGUGACAGCCAUUGUGGGAGUUGAGGCCUGGUAUGCACCUUUCCUGUUUAAUUUCUUAUAUAGAGACCUAUUCACUGCAAUGAUUAUUGCUUGUGCACUCACUGUGACACUGCCGAUGAGCCUCUACAACUUCUACAAGGCCUAUAAAAAUAACACCUUGAAGCACCACUCUAUGUAUGAAAUCAUGCUGCCACUGGUAUCCCCAGUGUUGCUCUUCCUGCUCUGCACCACGUGGAUCUUCAUGUCCCCAACAGACAUCCUGGAGGUCCAUCCCAGGCUCUUCUAUUUCAUGGUUGGAACAGCCUUUGCUAACAUUUCUUGCCAACUGAUUGUCUGUCAGAUGAGCAGCACGCGCUGCCAGCCUCUGAACUGGAUGCUGCUCCCCAUAGCAGCAGUGCUCUUCGUGGUGAUGUCCGGGUUCGCGCCAAACAGCGAAACACUUCUCCUCUACUUGUUAACUGCUUUCCUCACCCUGGCGCACAUCCACUACGGAGUGGUCGUGGUAAGCCAGCUGAGCAGGCACUUCAAUAUACGGCCCUUCUCCUUAAAGAAGCCCACGCCAGAUUGACUAGGAGUGGAGGAAGAGAAAAUCGGCUUGCGGUCUGCAGAAGUACUGUAAAUAACUGCUGCAAAUACCUGUAAAUACUUCAACCAUCACCACAGAUCUAAACCUAUCCUCUGGACAGACAUCAGGGCAAAGUACGCACGGUAUCCAGUGCAGCCAGGGCAGGACUGGUGCGGGGCAGCCCCUGCUGCUGUUUGAAUGCAAGCUUUCAGUUUUGGGUGAAACUGGACGAGGAGGGUAGCCUUUCAGGUCACUAUUACUGUAUAUUAGACCAGCUGAAUGUUCCCAGUGAAACCUCAAACUCCAGCUCUUGCUCAGGUAAAGCUGGUUGGGGAUGCAAAUGGCUUUACCUGAGCAAAGCAUCUUGACCUGUCACCAAAACCAACAUAACAGCUGAUUUCUACAAGGUUGGGGAACAUCCUGAUGGUCGGGGGAGAUCCUGUCUGUCCCUAAUCCUGCUAGACAGCCCUUGUCCUGGGCUGGUACUUAGGGAGCAGAUGGUGACAGUUCUGCAGCAUUCUGUCCUGCCUUCCUGCAUUCACCUAUUUGGGCAAAUACUUGCACCUUUUUUUUUAAGAGGGGGAAAAAAGAACAACACACAAAAUGUCUAGUAAUAUUCUACUUGGGGGGCUUAGAAAAUCGGGGCUCAAUUUCCUGUAAGAGUGGGAAGGUGGCUUCUGCAUACCUCCACUCGAGCUGUGGGUACCUGGGAGCACAUCUGGACUGUGUUCCUGUCUGUCCACGUGCGUUCCCUGCCUGGAAGUGGGGUCUGGGCUCUGAUCGGCAGCAGAAAGUGGCUUACACUAGCCUGCCUAACUCCCCCCUCUUCCUACCAGGAUGAACUUGCUGUUUCAGGUCGGCUCUACUGGGUCAUUGCAUGCUGCCUGAGCCUCUUCUUUUGUAGCAGUGCAGCCAGGCUCAGUCUGCACAUCUCCCUUCCCGCCAGACCAUCGACGGCAGCAAAUCCAUCGCUUGGAGAAGCACCUUAAUAAGUGUUUUGUUGGUUGUGUGUGCACUUUCAGAAAGCUGACAGGCGUGUGUGUGGUGGGGUCCUUCCAAAUAUCCCUUUAUUUUUCAAAACCAGUGUCCUCAGCGGCUGCAUGUCUCAUCCAGGGAUAUAUUUGUUUACUGUCCAUUUGUAAAAGACAUGUUUGCAUUGACUUUUUGUUUUUUUAAUUUGUUUUUCAAUUGAGUUAGAGUGGGGUGGUGAAGACUGAAUGCUGAUUUUCUUUUCGGUUCACUUUAUUUAAUGAAGACCUGUGCUUGAAUGAAGAGUGUAGCUUAAACCCAGGCUCUGGAAAGGCUGCAUCCGGAAGCGAACAAGCACAGCAGAUUGUGCAUAUGUAAUCUACCAUGGGAACAAAGUCGCUUAUACACUGAUUAUUGUGCAACAUGGUUCGUAGAAGCUUGGUCACAGCAUUUUCCUUCUGCAGGUGAAGACCCCUCCUGCUUUAGGAAACCUGCAAACUAACUGCUAUUUAAUGCUUUUUCUUUUGUAAAUUUGAAUCAUUGUCAUGCUGCCUAUGAGACUUGAAAUCCUGAGGCAAGCUCACGCAUUCACCAUGCAUGGGGUGCAACGUCAGGGUAGCUCGAUCACGGUACGCCCUGCGAGGAGCAAGCUGGUGUGUUCAUCUGGGCUGACAUCGUGGGAGGGCUUGGCUGAACGUCUGUAUGCUCAUGUGUCUGUAUGGCUAUGACGUGUCUGGGAAGGGUGGCUAAUCUGGGAGAGGGGGCAAAUGAUUUUCAGAGUUUAUUUAAUAAAGUAGCUUACUCCUAUAUAUUUUACUGAUGUUGUACAGAGAAAAAACCUAAGUGUACGAAUGACUUGGGCUGUGCUUGAAUUUUUGACUCUUGCUAUUUAAUGAAAUAUAAUUAUGAAGGGAGAUAAAUUUAAGUCACACUUGCACAAGAAUUACAGGGAAUCUUAAAAUGGGACACAACACUUAUCUGAGCAUGUCCCAUAGAUAGCAAAAUUGUGCUAGCAGCACUGACAAAAAGUGGAGGUCGGAUGAUUUACUUUGUA